UGAGGGCACUGGGCGGGCGGCGGCCAAAGGGCGGGCGGCGCGGGAGGAAGAGGCAGCGGCUCCAUGGCCCGGGCGCGCUGAGAGAAGCGGCUCUCGCCUUAGCCAGGCGGCAACGGCGGCGGCGGCCGAACAAUGAAGCUCUUGAAGCCGACCUGGGUCAACCACAAUGGCAAGCCAAUUUUCUCAGUUGAUAUUCACCCUGACGGGACCAAGUUUGCAACUGGAGGCCAAGGGCAGGACUCUGGGAAGGUUGUGAUUUGGAAUAUGUCUCCGGUCCUCCAGGAGGAUGAUGAGAAGGAUGAAAAUAUUCCCAAGAUGCUCUGCCAGAUGGACAAUCACUUAGCAUGUGUGAACUGUGUGCGGUGGUCAAACAGUGGAAUGUAUUUAGCUUCUGGGGGAGAUGACAAACUGAUUAUGGUGUGGAAGCGGGCAACGUAUAUUGGCCCCAGUACCGUCUUCGGCUCCAGUGGCAAGCUUGCCAAUGUGGAGCAGUGGCGCUGUGUCUCCAUUCUCCGAAGUCACUCCGGCGAUGUGAUGGACGUCGCGUGGUCUCCCCAUGAUGCCUGGCUGGCCUCGUGCAGUGUUGAUAACACAGUCGUCAUCUGGAAUGCUGUAAAGUUCCCAGAAAUUCUAGCUACUCUGAGAGGUCAUUCUGGUUUAGUAAAAGGGUUGACUUGGGACCCUGUUGGCAAAUACAUUGCCUCACAAGCUGAUGACCGAAGCCUGAAGGUGUGGCGGACACUGGACUGGCAGUUAGAGACCAGUAUUACCAAGCCUUUUGAUGAGUGUGGAGGAACGACUCACGUGCUGCGCCUAAGCUGGUCACCUGAUGGGCACUACCUGGUGUCCGCUCAUGCCAUGAACAACUCCGGCCCCACCGCCCAGAUCAUUGAACGGGAGGGCUGGAAAACCAACAUGGAUUUCGUGGGGCACCGGAAAGCUGUGACUGUCGUGAAAUUCAACCCCAAAAUCUUCAAAAAGAAGCAGAAGAAUGGGAGUUCUGCGAAGCCCAGCUGCCCGUACUGCUGCUGUGCCGUGGGCAGCAAGGAUCGCUCUCUUUCUGUCUGGCUCACGUGUCUAAAACGACCACUGGUUGUCAUCCAUGAGCUGUUUGACAAAUCCAUCAUGGACAUUUCCUGGACUCUGAAUGGACUGGGCAUCCUGGUAUGCUCAAUGGAUGGCUCUGUGGCAUUCCUAGACUUCUCCCAGGAUGAGCUUGGAGACCCCCUGAGUGAGGAGGAAAAGAGUCGUAUUCACCAAUCUACCUAUGGGAAGAGCUUGGCUAUCAUGACCGAGGCCCAGCUCUCCACAGCCGUCAUCGAGAACCCUGAAAUGCUCAAGUACCAGAGGAGGCAGCAGCAACAGUUGGACCAGAAGAGUGCCUCGGCCCGAGAGACAGGAUCAGCUACCUCCGUUGCAGUCAAUGGGGAGAGUCUAGAGGACAUCAGGAAGAAUCUUUUAAAGAAACAAGUUGAGACACGGACAGCAGACGGUCGGAGAAGAAUCACGCCUCUCUGCAUAGCACAGCUGGACACUGGGGACUUCUCCACGGCAUUCUUUAACAGCAUCCCACUCUCCGGGUCUCUGGCGGGCACCAUGCUCUCCUCUCACAGUGGGUCGCAGCUACUGCCCCUGGAUUCCAGUACCCCCAACUCCUUCGGAGUCUCGAAGCCUUCCACAGAGCAGAUUGCUGCAGCAGGCUCCAAGCCUACGGGUGAAUCUGUUGGUAAAGACAGUGUGACUGCUACCUCUACUCCCACCGCAUCAUCCCCCUCAGUGCUCACCACCCCGUCCAAGAUUGAACCCAUGAAAGCGUUUGACUCCCGGUUCACGGAGCGAUCCAAAGCCACGUCAGGUACUCCUGUCUUGACCAGUGUGACACCAACAGCUGUCGAAAGGUUGAAGGAGCAAAACCUGGUGGUGAAAGAGAUAAGGUCCCGGGACCUCUUGGAGAGCAGCAGUGACAGCGAUGACAAAGUCCCUGUGGCCAAGCCUUCUUCCCUCUCCAAGCGAAAACUCGAGCUGGAGGCAGAGACAGUGGAAAAAAAGAAGAAAGGGCGGCCUCGGAAGGACUCCCGUCUCAUGCCUGUGUCUCUGUCCGUUCAGUCUCCAGCCUCCGUGACAGCAGAGAAGGACGCCCUGUGUUUGUCUGCACCAGCACUGGCCCUGAAGCUGCCGAUUCCAGGCCCGCAGAGAGCAUUCACCCUUCAGGUGAGCUCCGACCCCUCCAUGUACAUUGAGGUGGAGAAUGAAGUGACUGCUGUAGGGGGUGUGAAGCUGAGCCGCUUGAAGUGUAACCGGGAAGGGAAAGAAUGGGAGACGGUGCUCACCAGCCGGAUCCUCACUGCUGCUGGCAGCUGCGAUGUCGUGUGUGUGGCCUGUGAGAAGAGGACCCUGUCGGUGUUCUCCGCCUGUGGCCGCCGGCUCCUCCCCCCUAUCCUCCUGCCAUCCCCAAUCUCCACUCUGCACUGCACAGGCACCUACGUCAUGGCGCUCACGGCUGCGGCCACACUCUCUGUCUGGGACGUUCACAAACAGGUGCUGGUGGUGAAAGAAGAGUCUCUCCACUCCAUCUUGGCAGGAAGUGACAUGACGGUGUCACAAAUCUUGCUGACACAGCAUGGAAUCCCAGUGAUGAACCUGUCCGAUGGGAAGGCCUACUGCUUUAAUCCAUCUCUCUCGACGUGGAACCUGAUCUCUGACAAGCAGGACUCCUUGGCCCAGUGUGCAGACUUCAGGAGCAGCCUACCCUCCCAGGACGCCAUGUUGUGCUCAGGGCCAUUAGCCAUCAUCCAGGGACGCACCUCCAAUUCAGGAAGGCAGGCUGCCCGGCUAUUCUCCAUGCCUCAUGUGGUGCAGCAGGAAACCACCUUGGCCUACCUGGAGAACCAAGUUGCAGCAGCACUCAGCUUGCAGUCCAGCCAUGAAUAUCGCCAUUGGCUCCUCAUCUAUGCACGGUACCUCGUGAACGAAGGCUUUGAAUUCCGACUCCGAGAACUAUGCAAGGAUUUACUGGGCCCAGUUCACGGCUCCACUGGGAGCCAGUGGGAGUCAACAGUAGUGGUAGGUGCUCUUACGGGACACAUGGAGGUGGAGGUGGAAGUGGAUGCGAUAAACCAAAAUGCAGUGACAUUCUUCCCCAGCAGAUGGUACUGCCCCCACCCCAUCCCAGCCUGA